CUCCUUGUUUAGCAACUCUGGAGUUCUCACACCCAAUAUUUAAUACUCCACACUCUCUCAGCUCUCAUCCACUGCACACCACUUAUUUCUUUUUAUAUGCUUGUGAAACUAGCCAGAACAAACAGCCUUGUCAAGCCCUUUAACAAUGGUGGUCAAGAAGCCAAGAAUUGUGAUCAUUGGUGCAGGAAUGGCUGGCCUCACAGCUGCCAACAAGCUUUACACAGCUCAGAAAGAUGGUGAGUCUUUUGAGGUGUGUGUGUUUGAAGGGGGGUCAAGAAUUGGUGGAAGAAUCAACACUUCAGAGUUUGGUGGUGAUAGGAUUGAGCUUGGUGCAACUUGGAUCCAUGGGAUUGGGAACAGCCCAGUUCAUAAAAUUGCUCAGGAGACUGGGUCUUUACAGUCUGAGCAGCCCUGGGAAUGUAUGGAUGGGUUUCUUGAUGACCCUGUUACAGUUGCUGAAGGGGGGUUUGAGGUGAGUCCAUCACUUGUUGAGGUUAUUACAAAUCUGUUCAACUCACUUAUGGACUUUGCUCAGGGUAAGAAUGUUGAGUUUCAAGAAAAUGUUGCAGCCAAAGCUUUCUUGAAUUGUGGGUCUGAAAAACCAAGUCUUGGCUUGUUUUUGAGGAAUGGGCUUGAGGCCUACUGGGAUUCAGUGAAGAAUGGUGAGGAAGAUGUUGGUUGGAGUAGAAAGUUGCUUGAAGAAGCUAUUUUUGCAAUGCAUGAGAAUACUCAGAGGACUUAUACUUCAGCUGGGGAUUUGCUGAAUCUUGAUUAUAAUGCUGAGAGUGAGUACAGGAUGUUUCCUGGUGAGGAAAUCACCAUUGCUAAGGGUUACAUGAGUAUAAUUGAAUCUAUAGCCUCUGUUUUACCGGAUGGUAUGAUUCAAUUAGGCCGAAAAGUCGAAAAGAUUGAGUGGCAGCCCAGCAGUUGUCAUGGCACAACUAGGCCAGUCAAGUUACAUUUUUCUGAUGGAACCUCUUUUUCAGCUGAUCAUGUAAUUGUCACUGUGUCAUUAGGUGUGCUUAAAGCUCGAAUUCGCGAUGAAUCAACUAUGUUCUUACCUCCCCUUCCCAGUUUCAAGAACCAAGCGAUCUCGAAACUAGGAUAUGGAGUUGUUAACAAGUUGUUCUUGCAAGUAAACACAACCCAUGAUCAAGAAACCAAUGAGUCAAGCAAAUUCCCUUUCUUGCAAAUGGCCUUCCAUCAAUCCGAUUCGAAACUAAAAAACCCCAACAUUCCUUGGUGGCUGAGAAGAACGGCUUACAUAAGUCCAAUUUACAAGAAAUCAAGUGUGGUUCUAGCUUGGCUGGCAGGAAAAGAAGCUUCUGCACUUGAGUCCCUUGAUGAUGAGGAGAUCCUCAAUAAGGUUUCGACAACAAUCUCGAGUUUUCUGUCAAGUCCAACCAAAUUAUGCAAUGGGAAUGCAAGUUCUUUAGGCAAUUAUGAUGGAAAAGAAUUGAAAUUUACCAAUGUUUUAAGGACCAAAUGGGGCACUGAUCCAUUGUUCAUGGGCUCAUAUAGUUAUGUAGCAGUUGGUUCAAGUGGAGAAGAUAUAGACAAGCUGGCUGAGCCAUUGCCAGAAAAUGGGUCAGCCUCAGCUCCAGCUCCACUACAAAUCCUAUUUGCAGGGGAAGCAACUCACAGAACUCAUUAUUCAACCACUCAUGGAGCUUAUUUUAGUGGCUUAAGAGAAGCUAAUAGACUUCUCAAAUAUUACAAGUGUAUUAGUGAUCUUUAAGGGGGGCUUUGUUUGUUUUGUUUGCUAAAUAAUUUUUAAAAAAAAAGUAGGCCAGCUUAAUGGGGACACCUGUCUAUCAUCUCCUCUUUAGUAUGAUCAUAUAUCAUUAUAGGAAAGAUUUGUUUAAGUUAUAAUGUUGAUAGAUCUCUGCAUUAUGGGUAUAUUAAGAGGUUGGAGGAAUGAAAGGGAGAGAUGUAGACAUUUUGAGAUGUAUUGAAUGAAAUUAAAGAAGCUUCUUUUACAAUGUUUA